AUGGAUUGGUGGAAUGAGGUCAAGGGUUUGGAGGCUCUCACUGGGAAUCUCUCUCGUUCUACGCUCGUUCACUUUGGUGUGGAGAUUGUCAGUGGUUGCUUCAAAUUUAAGCAUCUGUUUCCUGAACACAAAGACUUGGCAGCUUUGCUUCCUGGGGCCAGGCUUUGCACUUCUGCUGGCAACAUGUUGCUCUUCUGGGACGAGAUGGUGCCAGGCAAUAUUCAGAAGAUUUGGUGCGCUGAGAUUUCUUUGGAGACACGACGACAAGGCGAGAUUUGGGGCAACGUUGAGUGGUCUCGUGCGGUCAUGACCGUUGAUGAUGAUGAUCCUUUCGCUCGUCCUGGUCGCUGUAAGGUUUUGCAUUCUGUUUCCGUCACCCGUUGA